AUGCCAACUUCAAUCCUAAUAACAGGGGCCGGGGGCUUCAUCGGCCAAGAACUCACCACCGCUCUACUCAACGCCACACCAGCCGACACAACCUUAACCAUAACCGACAUCACAUCGCCUCCCAUCCCCACCCGCGCUAGCAAACACGCAUCCCGCGUAGCCUCCAUACAAACAGACCUAACCUCACGCACCGCCGUGGAUUCCCUCAUAGACUCCGGCGCUUCACCCCCGCGGCGUUACGAUGUCGUCUACAUCCUCCACGGGAUCAUGUCCAGCGGCUCCGAAUCCAACUUCGAUCUAGGAAUGAAUGUAAACCUGUUCGCAACACAGUAUAUACUUGAUAGGCUGCGCCGGACCAUGCCCGGCGUCAAAGUCGUGUAUACCUCUUCCCUCGCGGUGUAUGGCCCCACAGCGCCUGGGUUUGUCAUUACGGAGCGGAAUAUGCCCCAGAUGCCCACGUCAUCGUACGGGAUGGAGAAGAUGGUCAUUGAGCUGUUGCUGAACGAUUACUCGCGGCGCGGGUUCUUGGAUGGGCGGGUGAUGAGGUUGCCGACUGUGACGGUGCGCGCGGGGGCGCCCACGCAGGCGGCUAGUAGCUUCGCCAGCGGCAUAUUGCGGGAGCCGCUGAAUGGGGUUAAAAGCGUGCUACCUGUGAAGAAGGAGACGGAGUUGUGGAUUUGCUCGCCGUAUACGAUUGUGAAAAACCUGAUACAUGCAAAAGAUGUGCCGAGCGAGGCGUUCGGGGACUCGAGGUCGGUGAAUUUGCCGGGGAUUAAGGUGUCAGUUCAGAAGAUGUUGGAUGUUUUGGAGGUGGUUGGUGGAACGGAGAAGAGGGCUCUUGUUGAAGAGAAGCCCGAUGAAGACGUCAACCGGAUUGUGCAGGGGUGGUCGCCGAAUUUUGAUACGGCGUGGGCGAAGUCUUUAGGUUUUUAUGAGGAUAUGUCGUUGCUGGACAGUGUGCAAAGGUUUGUGAGUGAGUAUCUUAAAUAG